CUGAAGCAACGGACACUUUGCACUAUGAGGCGCAAUGUCGGAUUAAAGACCCUGUCGUCUGUGGCCGUGUUCGAAUUAUUACUCAGUUGCAUCUACAAAUACACGAUGCACAAAACCAGUUAGCCAAAAUGCAAGCCGAGGCUGCCUUCCUCACUGCCCCUGCUCAUGAAGAACUCCAAGAAUCUGCAUCAAACCUUCAACACCUUAUUGCCCGAAUAAA